UGCUUCGCCUGGAGCUGCUGCCCUGCGACGACCCUUCACACCCCCUGGUGAUCCGACUCGUGAAGCAGACCAAGACCCUGCUGGAGAUGGUGGAUUUGAGCAGGGAGGGCGGCGUGUUUGGGGAGAGCCUGGAGGAGUACGUCAGAAGACUACUGUGCGCGAGGUACCGCACCACUCACCCCAACUUCCUCUCUCUGCUCUUCUCCAAGCUGCACUUUCAAGGGAGUCCCCUCAUCGCCCCUCCACCCCCGGCAGCAGCACAAGCCGAACCCUUGCUGCCCACUCCCACUCGUUCCAACCACCCAUCUGUAGCUGGUAACCACCCGGGUGCGUCAGAGCCUGCUACAGCCGUGGCUCCCCCAGAGGCAGGCGGAAACGCUGGUCCAGCUACUAUUGUGCGUGAUCUAUCCCAGGCUUUUGAUGCUGUAGCAAGGGACGAGGGGAGGGGCGAGAGGGAGGUUGGGGCUGAUAGGAUGGACAAGCAGCGGCAUGAGGAGCAGGAGGAGCAGGAGGAGCAGGAGGAGCAGGAGGAGCAGGAGGAGCAGGAGGAGCAGGAGGAGCAGGAGGAGCAGGAGGAGCAGGGGCAUCAGCAUAAGAGUGCAGGAGAGGCAGGGGAAGAAGUGGAGGAGGGAGAGGUGGGGCAGGAGGGAGAGGAGGAAGGAGAGGUGGGUGAAGAGGAAGAGGUGUCGUUAAACGGGGUGUCGGUGCGAGUGCGGCUGGGGCAACACGCACGGGCACGGGCAGCGGAUCGAAGCCAAAGUGUGACUAAAGCAGGGUCGGACGCACAUGGCUCUGUGAAACAGAUAAGUGACUCUAACAGAGUAGGCACUCCCAGCCUACAGAGGCACCAACGGCGGGGUGGUUCCCAGGGGAAUGGCAACAGCUUUCAGCAGCAGAACUGCAAACAGCAGCGCUGGGUGAGUGAUACUGGAGCCACUUCAGGGAGAAUUUCAGGGGGGCGUGCGUUCGAGCAGGGGAUGCGUGAUAGGGCGAGUGGCAGUGUGAGUAGGAGAUCUGAUAGCCUCGCUCCCAAUGCUCGAGGGUCGGUAGGAGGGGACAGUCACCGUGGAUCCUUCGGCUUGAACAGUCUCCGCGGGUCGUUGGGGCUUAACAGUUACCACGCUUCUCUUGGGCCCAGCAGUUACCGAGUCUCUGGUGGUAGCGCGGGCGUUGGUGCUCGCAGUGGCAGUGCCGCUGCCAGUGUUGGUGCCGGUACUGCUGCUGCUGCUCGUGCUGGUUUGGGUGCUGGUGGAACUGGUGGUUUCCGUGCAUCCGCUGCUGGGGAUGCCACAGCGCCUGUGGCCCUAGCAAACAUGACCAAUCGGGCAGCGAGGAUUCUCAAAGCGGCAGCAGCAGCUGCAGCAGCUGCUGGUGGCGGUGGUGGCACUGGUGCAGGCGCAUCAGGUGUAGGUGCAUCUGGUGCAGGUGCAACUGGUGCCGCUGUCACUGUCUCAGCAGCCCAAGCAUCCAGCCGCCGUCCCAACCCAUCCGCCAGGCAUCAAAUGGCGCCUCCCCCCCUCCGCCCUCCGUCCUCCCACCCCCCUGCACAUCACUUGUCGGCCCAUCCCGAGUCAAGGAAGCGAAAGAAUCCAGAUGCCACGAGGGGUGGAGAUGGUGCGGGGAAGAAGCAUAGCGACGCUGGGAGGCACGAGGGUGGGGGGAAGAAGCAUAGCGCAGCUGGGAGGCGUGGGGGUGGGGGGAGGCAUGCAGACGGCGCUGCUGACUGUGUGACGUCAACGUAUCGGGGGCCACUGGCAGGGGUGGCAGGGGCGGCAGGGGCAGCAGGGUUGGCAGGGGCGGCAGGGGGGGAUGAGGAACGAGCAAGAAAGGUUCCCCGGCGUAGUUGGCCGUUUGGAAGGGAUGUGGGGAGCACUCGAAGGAAGGGGGAGAGGGAGGGGAGGGGGGAGAGGAAGGGGGAGAAUGAGAAGGGAGGCGAGGGGAGAGAAGGGAUGGAGGUGGUUGGGGAUGCUGCUUGGCUGGCUAAGCGACGUGGAGUGGAGAUUGGUGGAGGGAAGGAGAAGGGGAGAGGGACGGGGGGCGGAAAAAUGGGAGGGGGAGGAGCAGAAGCAAAGGACGCAUUUACACGAAAGCUGGAGAAGAAUUUAGAGAGGGCUGGGUUAAAGGCAGGGCUUAAGGAAAAGAAGCACGAAGGGACAGGAGACUGGGAGGAUACCAGGAGGAUGGGUGCACGAGACAACUACCCUGGGGGGGGGAAGGGGGCGAUUGAUCCAUUUAGGAGUGAGAAGAAGACAAGCGGUGUGAGCCAGUUCUCCAAGUGGCACAGUGCUCUGCCGCCCAAGACCUUCCGCCGCCCGUUGCAGCAGCAGAAGCUGCCAUUCGGCCUCCCUAGAAGCUCCUCUGCUGGUGGCGGUUCUGCUGCUGCUGCUGCUGCUGCUGCUGGGAAAGAUGCGAAGGGAGAGAAGAGAGGCGUGGGGUCUGCUGUUGGUGGGGGGAUGUGUGACGGACUGAGUGCUAAAGGCAGUGUGAGCACCACUGGUGCUGCUGCCUCUGUCUCUGCGUCUCUUCCCGGUCCCCUUGCCCCGGAUGUUGCCGUAGCUGUUUCUGUGGCUGCGUCUGCGGCUGGAGAGGACAGGCAGCCCACCGGGCCUGCGGUUCGGCGAUCAGGUUCGGGAGCUGGGUUUGAGCUGAUUGGGCGGCAGAGCAGCUUCGGCAGGCUGGUUUUGACACAAGAGAGCAGCAAGGAAAGGGAUACGGAGGGCCAAGUGGUUAAAGAGGGGGAUCCAAGUAAGGGGUCAAGGGGUGAGGCUGGCGCUGGUGUAUCCUCUUGUACACAAGAGGUUGAGAAGGGAAGAGAAGAAGCAGCAGUUGCAAAAAGAAGCAGCAGCUUGAGAAUGAGGGAUUCUGGAGUUGCUUGUCCCAUGGUGUCGCCAGCAGCUGCACGUACAAAAGCCGCAGCAGCACCACCAGCACCCGCAGCAGCACCAACAGCUGCAGCACCAGCGGCAACAACAGCAACGGUUACCACGUCGGUUACAAGGCGAUGGGACUUGGCCGGAACAUCAGAGACCACUGGCGGUGUGGACGGCUUUAGGGGGAAUGCACCGAGAUUCGGUCCUCCUGCUGCUGACCUGUUUCUUGAUUCUCUAGCAGAAAUGCUGUUGGGGGGGAGUGAUGGUGUUGGUGAUCAGUCACCCCCUGCUGUUGCUGAGUGUUUCAUCCGCCGCCGACCUUGCCUUGCUGCCGAUCCUGCUCCUGCUCCCGCUCCUGCUCCUGCUCCUAUUCCCGCUCCAACUCCUGCUCCUACUCCUGCCCCUGCGCCUGCUCCUGCGCCUGCUCCUGCCCCUGCCCCUGCCCCUGAUGCUGAUGCUGCUGUGGAAGUGGCUGCUGAUGUGGAUGCUGAUGUGGCUGCUGAUGUGGCUGCUGGUGUGGAUGCUGAUGUGGCUGCUGAUGUGGCUGCUGAUGUGGCUGCUGAUGUGGCUGCUGAUGUGGAAGCUGAUGCCCCUGGUCUUGUUUCUGCUCCCACACAACCAGUGUUGGUCACAUCGAAUGGUGGUGGUGAGGCUGAUGCUGCUGAUGGUGGUGAUGUGAGUACUAGUAAGGGCAGCUCUGCAGUUGCUGCAGCUAGUUCCUCGUACCACACACGAUCGCAAGGGAAAGUAGAGGUAGAGGAUGCGGAAUCACCCGGGGUUAUUGAGGCGCCUCAAAAGUCGUAUACUUGUGCUGUUGCAGCUGGUUCUUUGUACCACACACGGUCUCAAGGGAGAGUAGAAGAUGCAGCGGAAUCGCCUGGGGCUGAGGAUUCCCGCAGGAGGGGAGCGGGCUCGGGUUUUAAUGGCUUGGGCUUUAAGGGGAAGAGCAAAAGGGAGGCAGGAAUUGUGGGCGAGGUGGAACAAGAUGGGGAUUCGUUAUGCACUAAGGGACGAAAGGGAAGGAUUGGGGGGAGGAGCAGAGCACAGGGGGAGAAGAGUCGAGAAUCUGUGUCAGAGGGAAGGAUGAGAACGAGAAGCGCAGGGCCGGUGCUUGAAAGGCUGGGUGAAGGGAUGGUUACCAGACAAGGGGUGGUUACCAGACCAGGGGUGGUUACCAGACAAGGGGUGGUUACCAGACAAGGGGUGGUUACCGGACAAGGGGUGGUUACCAGACAAGGGGAGGAUGAGCUUUGUAGGGAGGUAGAGGAGGAGGAGGAGGAAGAGGGGGAGGAGGGGGAGGAGGGGGAGGAGGGGGAGGAAGGGAGGGAAAAGGUGGAGGGGGGAGAGGACGCGGGCGAGGUGGACGAGAGAGAGGAGGAGCAAGAAGAGGGGGAAGACAAGCAGGAGAAUAAGCUUUGCAGGGAGGUAGAGGAGGAGGCGGAGGAAGAGGGGCGAGGCAAUCAGGAGGAUGAGCUUUGUAGGGAGGUAGAGGAGGAGGAGGAGGAAGAGGGGGAGGAGGGGGAGGAGGGGGAGGAGGGGGAGGAGGGGGAGGAAGGGAGGGAAAAGGUGGAGGGGGGAGAGGACGCGGGCGAGGUGGACGAGAGAGAGGAGGAGCAAGAAGAGGGGGAAGACAAGCAGGAGAAUAAGCUUUGCAGGGAGGUAGAGGAGGAGGCGGAGGAAGAGGGGCGAGACAAACAGGAGGAUGAGCUUUGUAGGGAGGUAGAGGAGGAGGCGGUGCAAGAGACGGAAAGGGAGAUUGAGAAAAUAGCUGGGGGUGUGGAGGGAGGGGAAGAAGCAGAGGAGAAGGAAGAGGCGGAGAUGGAAGAUGGGAAAGGAGCCGAGCACGGGGAGAAGGUUAAAGAGGUAGAUAGGGGAGGAGAGAAAGAGGUCGAGGAAGGGGAAGAAGUGGAGGAGAAGGAAGAGAAGGAGAGGGAAGAGGAGAAAGGGGUCAAGCAAGUGGAGGAGAAGGUUACAGAGGUAGAGAGGGGAGGAGAGACAGGGGUCGAGGAAGGGGAAGAGGUGGAGGAGAAGGAGUGCAAUGCGGAAGAGGAGGAGAAUGAGCAAGAGGAGGAACGGGUUAGAUUUUUUGAGGCGCCUCAAAAACAGACUCCUCACGCAAGGGGAAGAGAAUGCAGAGACGAGGGCGAUAAGCAGCAGGAGCGGGAGGAGAAGCGAGUGGACGAGGGAAUGGGAGAGGCUGAGGCUGAGGCUGAGGCUGAGGCUGAGGCUGAGGAGGCUUUUGAGUCGACUCAACAGCGAGUGGACGAGGGAAUGGGAGAGGGAGAGGCUCUGAACGAGAGGGCCAUGGUGACUCAGCCAAGGGAAGAGAAACCAGAGGCUGCAGAGACGGAGGAGCAUAGUGGGGAAGCGGAGGAGGGGGGGGGAGGAAUAUUUGGGAGGAAGAGAAGACGAGACUCCGAGGUUGAUAGUACCAGCGAGGAAAAGGGCGGUCGGAAUGGUCUGGAGAAGGGAGGGCAGACUACUGAAAUGGGCGCCCAAUGUAUAAGACCAAUUGAGAAGCAGUGGUGGUUUGCCUAUGCGAGAGGCUGAGGGAUGUGGGAACCCUCUAGUAGAGGA